UCUGGACACCGACGGCGUGAUCGGUAAGAAUAGAUCUGCAGUGUAGUGUAGAUGUGGAUUAUUUGUUUGUUAUCAAAUAAUCCAAAUGCAGAGUAAUAUGUAUCUCAUCUAGCCAAGACAAAAAAGCAAUAGAUUAUUUUCGAAAUAAUAAAACUUGAAAAUAUGAUACGUCAAAUUUGCCAGAAUUCUGCAACUAUCUCUAAAUACUCAUUGCUUGCAAGGACCUUCUGCAGCAACAGUAGCAAGUCAAUUAUUUAUGAUGUGAUCAUUGUUGGUGGUGGCCAUGCAGGAACGGAGGCGGCCUGCGCUUCGGCCAGGAUGGGUGCUAACACGCUCCUACUUACACAUAAGAUACAAACAAUAGGUGAAAUGUCAUGCAAUCCAUCUUUUGGUGGAAUUGGAAAGGGUCAUUUGGUACGAGAGGUCGAUGCCCUUGAUGGAAUUUGUGGACGUAUCAGUGAUAAAUCAGGAAUUCAGUUUAAGGUACUUAAUAGAAGGAAAGGUCCAGCAGUGUGGGGUUUGAGGGCGCAGAUUGAUCGUGAUCUAUACCGGCAGUACAUGCAAGAUGAAGUAUUGAAUACACCAAACUUAACAGUGAUGGCUAGCCCAGUAGAAGAUCUCCAAGUCCAUGAAGCCAGUGAACCUGACCAUGAAUGGAUGAAGCAGGCUUGUAAUGGAGUCAUUCUGGCUGAUGGGAAGAGGAUUUAUGGAAAGUCAGUCGUGAUAACAGCUGGAACGUUCCUUCGUGGUGAGAUUCAUCUAGGCCUGGACUCAAGGCCUGCUGGCAGGCUAGGAGAUGAACCAUCUGUAGGACUAGCAAAGACCUUAGAAGAUGCAGGCUUCACAGUAGGAAGGUUAAAAACAGGAACUCCUCCAAGGGUAGAUGGCACGUCGAUAGAUUACUCAGGAUUAGUACAACAGCCUGGGGAUGCUGAUCCUAUUCCAUUUUCAUUCAUGAAUGAAAGAGUUUCAAUAAAGACAGAAGAUCAAAUAUGUUGUCACCUGACCCACACAAAUCACAUGAUUGAUGACAUCAUCUUGGACAACAUGCAUCUCAAUAAACAUGUUUCAGAGGAAACAAAUGGACCAAGAUACUGUCCUUCCCUUGAAUCAAAAGUGUUACGUUUUCCAAAGAGACCACACCAAGUAUGGCUGGAACCAGAAGGUUUACAUACAGAUGUUGUAUAUAUGCAGGGCUUCUCCAUCACAUUGCCACCUGAUCUUCAAGAAGCCUGCAUCCACAAGGUAACAGGAUUAGAGACGGCAAAAAUGCUUAAGCCGGGCUAUGGUGUGGAGUAUGACUAUAUGGAUCCACGACAACUUAAACCUACACUUGAAACAAAAAGGAUUCAGAAUUUGUUUUUUGCUGGACAGAUAAAUGGAACUACAGGGUACGAGGAGGCAGCAGCACAGGGUAUAGUAGCAGGUAUCAAUGCAGCACUGAAAGCAACCAAGAGACCGGAAUUCACAGUUCGUCGGACAGAAGGAUACAUCGGUGUACUUAUUGAUGACCUCACAACUCAGGGAACCAAUGAACCAUAUCGUAUGUUCACCAGCAGGUCAGAGUUUAGGAUGACGUUGCGUCCGGACAAUGCUGAUUUGAGGCUGACAUUAAAAGCCUAUCACACAGGUUGUAUCAGUGAUGAGCGGCAACAGAAAACGCUGAGAAAUGAGAGAGAACUUAACAGAAGCUUAGAUUUAUUACGCUCUGUUUCUAUGUCAAGGAACCAAUGGAAGAAGCUGUUACAGGUGGAGGGUAUACAGGUUCCAUUCUCGGAACAUGGGCCUACAAGGAUGAGUGCAAUAGAAGUUCUGCAGUAUGAGAAUGUAACUGUAGAAACUUUAGUGAGAACUCUUCCAGAAGAUCUAUCGCAACUACCGCUUCAAAAGCAUCUGACUCAAAGGCUCAAGAUAGCUGGAAUUUAUGAGAAUCUUUUACACCAGCAGCAGUUGGAAAUUGAAGAGGUGCAAAAAGACGAGCAGCUUGAGUUACCUAAUGAUAUUGAUUAUUCAAGAAUUGUGUUGUCCCGAGAAAUGAAAGAAAAGUUAGCACAAGUUCGGCCGUCGACAAUUGGUGCUGCUGGACGAAUUCAAGGCAUGACCCCUGCAGCUCUUCUUCACCUUCUUUAUUAUGUUCGAAAGAGGGAGAAGCAACAUCAGACGAUGGCCAGAUGAAAUGCAGGCCUGUUAAGGUGAAAUUAAUUUCACCAUUAAUAUAUAAACGCUCCGAUUCCACUUAGAUUUUGCCACAUAACCGAAACUAGUGACUACUUGAAAGUAAAGAUUGUGUUGUCGCAAAAGAAAGAAAAAUGUAAAAAAAAAA